GGCGGCCCGGCGGCGGGGAGGACCCCUGCCGUAAGAUGGCGGCGCCCAGCGGAGCCACUGCCUCGGGUGAAGGUGACGGCGGCUUCGGGCCGUGGCUGGACGGACGGCUGGAGGCGCUCGGAGUGGAUUGGGCCGUGUACGGCGCCUACAUCCGGGGCGUCCUGCAAGAGGACGACGAGGAGGAGAGGCUGGAUGCUCUACAGGGCAUCCUGGCCGCCUUCCUGGAAGAAGACUCACUCCUUGAUAUCUGCAGGGAGAUUGUCGAGCGGUGGUCAGAAACCCAGAAUGUUGUCACCAAAGAGAAAAAAGAAGAUGAGGUGCAAGCCAUUGCCACCCUUAUCGAGAAACAGGCGCAGAUUGUGGUGAAGCCCAAAAUGGUGUCAGAGGAGGAGAAGCAACGGAAAGCUGCUCUGUUGGCCCAGUAUGCCAAUGUGACAGAUGAGGAGGAUGAAGCAGAUGAGAAGGAUGGUUCAGUUGCUACGACAAUGAACAUUGGGUCUGAAAAAUCUCUCUUCCGAAACACCAAUGUGGAAGAUGUCCUGAAUGCUAGAAAAUUGGAGCGAGAUUCACUGCGGGAUGAGUCUCAGAGGAAGAAGGAACAGGACAAACUACAAAGGGAGAAAGACAAGCUGGCCAAGCAGGAGCGAAAAGAGAAGGAAAAGAAAAGGACACAGAAAGGGGAGCGUAAACGGUAACGUCUGGAUCCUCUCUUCCUCCCCAAGGACUUGAGCAAAGGAAGAACUGGGUCUUGCAUAUGGUGUGUAUUUAGGAAAAAUAGGAGAAGUCCUGGUGGUUUUUACUAAUGCAUUUCCUCCCUUGUUUACACAGCCAAAAGAAAAAUCACAAAUGUUUAAUUGCAAAAUGUGCCAUGGGAUUUGUGGUGUGGGUAAUGUUGGAUUGAUGUAGCCAAUGUCUGUACCAAAGAUCUGAGAAGGCGUGAUUUAUUUUCAGCAAAUCAAUUCCUGUGAUCUUUUUAUUAACCACUUAAAAAUUUUGGUCUUCCUCUUCUUGGCCAGCAAACUAGCUUUGUAGCUUUUAAACCUGGAGUAUGUAGGAUUGGAAUGGAUACUACUCUCUCUGACAGAAUGUAGAGUGGAAGUUUGCUUUGAGACAGUAGUUAGUUCUAAAAUGUGGUGUUCUUUAUUUCUAUCUGAUAAGAUAGAAAGCUAAAUCCAGAUUUUAUUUUUUUAAUAAUAUAUAGGAGCAGAAGCCUAAGCCUAGGGCAGUGGAGGUAGUUAUAGAUGUUUUUAAAAAAGAAUAGUAUGACUAUCAUGUCAGUGCAAGGCUAUUUAAGUAUGUAGCUAUGCAUUUAUAGCUGUAACUGUGACUUUUUUUCCAGUGUGAUAGUGGAAAGUUUAGUACCAUUCCUACCUUAAGACUUAUCUAAAUAUAAAUAAAAACUUCUGGUGGUUCCUAGUUUAAAGAAUUAGGGUAGAUUGGAGUAAAUAGAGAAGUCAUCUCCCUAAAGAAAAAGCCAACACUAGGAAUCUCUAGCAAUACUGCAUAUCCAGCAAUGAGGUCAGCCUCUCCUGGUGCACCUUCUCAUUCUUCAAGUAACACUGGGGAGAAAGAAGCCACUGGCUACUCAUCCAGAUUUGUGUUCUGGGAAGGUACGGAUGCCUGCAUUAUUGUUAAGUCCAUUUAGAUGGGUCAGAUGCUAGCAAGAGUUCUCCAUCUCUGCUUUCUUCACUGGCUAAAUUUAGUUGCAAGGAACUUCUCUUUGAUUGUAAACAACUACUGAUCAUAAAAUAACCCAGAGAAGGCAUUUUCACUGAAUAACAAAACUGAAGGUAGAUCAGUUGCAUAUGACUAAUUAUGUGAGUAACAGACCUUUUAACUUAUGUGCAGAUGAUUAAAAUGAUGCUUGGCUAAGGAAAGAUUUUUCUCCUCUCUCCUUCACACACUCCUGAGCCAUAGCAUUUCAAAAAUGUAAAUGGUUCACAUUUUCCACAUUUUUUUCAAAUAAACUUCUGAUAUUUAAAUCACCA